AUGACCAUAACCCUCCACUUCGUACGCCACGCCCAAGGCUACCACAACCUCUGCACCGAAAACCACGCCAUCCCCGAUCCCCUCCUCACCGAAACAGGUAAAACCCAAUGCCUCACCCUUUCGCAAUCCUUCCCGCAUCCCGAAAUCAUCACGCACAUCGUGGCCUCCCCUCUUCGACGCACUCUAUACACCGCCCUCUAUUCAUUCCCGGAAGCCAUCUCUCGCGGUAUCAAAGUCAUUGCCCUGCCGGAACUUCAGGAAACAUCCCCUUUACCCUGCGAUACUGGUUCUGAGCCCGCUGCGCUGGCGGAAGAAUUCGAAGGAAGUGUAGAUCUUGGAUUAGUGACUCCGGGUUGGAAUAGUAAAAAAGGAAGAUGGGACUCCAAUGCGCCAGCGAUAGAGAAGCGGGCACGAAAUGCCAGGGUAUGGUUGAGGCAAUUGGGGAUUCAGGCGGAGAAAGAGGGGGUCCAGGAUGUUCAAAUCGUAGUUGUGACGCAUGGAGGCUUUUUGCAUUAUUUUACUGAUGAUUGGGAAGACUCCACCCUCUUCGUCGGCACCGGCUGGUCCAACACCGAAUUCCGCUCCUUCCACUUCACAAACACCGAUCACUCCGAUCACAGUGAUGCCAACGCAUCAGUGCAAGAAACGAAAGAGAGUAGAGAGAGGAGAAAGGGAACGGAAAAACCGUUGUCGAGAGAGGAACAGACGAAUUUGAGGAUGACGGCUGAGAUUGGGUGGGAGAAGGAUGGGUUUCAGCAGAAGGUUAAGGUGAAGGAUGGGGAGGGGGAGGGGAGGGAGAUUGAGGUUUCUGCUUGA